AUGACCACCGCACAGUCUGCACAAUUAUUGGCUUUUUAUCAUGUCACUGCGAUUGAAGAUUGGACGUGCUAUAAUGUAACAAAUUAUUAUAAUGCGAAAAUGGAGCAAAAAGAAAGAAAGAAAAUACUAGACCGUAUAAAGAAAGACCUUCAGACGGUGGAAGAAUCUAAUUUAUUUGACAUGUUGAGAAAGAGAAAAGCUCGAGAAAUCCUCGAUGACUGGAAGCGCAAGCUGGACUAUUCGUCUGCAGUGUUCGACGCUUGGUGCAAGCUGUUUAGAUUAAAUUGGGUUUCAUCGAGGAGUUUAGAAAAUGGUUCGGAUAAUGCAUUUGUGAAUGUUGGGCAUUUGCAUGUAAAUCAACUAAAUCAACUUGCAACUGGAAGUUGCGCGACAUUGCAUGACAACCGUUGUAUGAAGCAUCAUCGAGAUUCGAAUAAUGAAGAGGAAAUACCAAGUACUGAAGAAGUUACGGCUCCAUCAAAAAAGAUCAAAACUACUAUUGAAGAUGGCGAGAGACGAACUCCAUCAGAACGAAUCGUAGAAGAUAAACCAUCGGGCUCAGCUGAGGACGUCUCUCCCGAUGUAUCAACUGAGGCCUUUCCAGUAAUAUUUUUUUCGUUUCGUUUGUCGUAUGAUAUGCACAAGCUCGUUUCUAAUCUGUAUUGGGAUACUGCAUUUCUGCAGGAUAAGAUAGACGCUUUCUUCCAAAGUCCUCCUGAUGUUGUUAAAGAUGUCAAAGCAAAGUCCAGAAAGCAUAGGUCAAUGAAAGAUACCAGAAGCAAAAUUUCAACCAAGGGUGUUAAACGAAAUAAAUCAAGAAACCAGAACAUUGUUGUUGACGCUAGCCAAUCAACCAGUGAUGAAUUUGAAAAUAUUGAUAAGCCUAUCGACAAUCCGGUAAAAAUUAAGGAAAAGAUUAUUUUAUGA